AUGGCUGUGUGCUCUGGCUCCCUCCCCCCCUCCAAUGCCACUGGCAUUCUGCCCUGGCCCUCCGUCGCGAGGGGGCCAGAAGCAGUGGUAGGAGGGGGGGCUCCUGCCCCUGCGGCUCCUGCCCCGCCUGCUCCUGCCCCGCCUGCUCCUGCCCCUGCGGCUCCUGCCCCGCCUGCUCCUGCCCCGGCGGCUCCUGCCCCGGCGGCUCCUGCUCCUGCUCCUGCGGCUCCUGCUCCUGCUCCUGCGGCUCCUGCUCCUGCUCCUGCUCCUGCUCCUGCCCCUGCGGCUCCUGCCCCGGCGUCUGGCUCCCCUUGUGGGCCGGCGUAA